AUGCAUAACUUGAUCCAGUCUUAUAUCGGCACAAAGUUUGCAUUUCGAUGGUGGAAGCUGAUGUUUGAUCUUGCCCUUUCGGCUGUUCGCACUGUGGUGAGGGAUCAGGGAGGAAGGAAGGAGGUCAACAUCAAGCAUCACACCAGGGUCGAGAAAAUUCCCGGAGGAGAGAUUGAGGAUUCGAGAGUUCUUGACGGUGUCAUGUCGAAUAAGGAUAUUACGCACCCGACGAUGAGGAGGAGGAUUGAGAACCUUAGGAUUAUCUUGCUGGAUUGUGCGCUAGAGUAUAAGGGGCAGGGUCUCAGACCAAUAUCGAAAUUAGUAAGGAGGAAGACCGGAGUAAUAUCUUGGAAAUAGAGGAAAUAUCGGUUGGGGUUAUGUUGCUAUUUUAGUGUUCAAGCCGGAUUUGGUCAAUACUGAGAAGGGAGUUUCUGGUGUGUCCCUCUGCGGUUUGACAUUGGGGUGAAAGACUAACGCUGCAACCUUAAGAUCUUGCUCAACACUACCUCUUCAGGGGAAAUGUAACAGCCCUCCGCCGUGCCAGAAAGACCAAUAACGACCGUGUCACCCGCGCCGUUGGUACUACAUUUGUGAACCGUGUAGACGAUAUCAAUGAGUCAGAUGUUAGUACAAAAUGCGGUCUCUGUGAGAUUGAGAAGAUUAGUGAUGAGCACGAUAUCCUACCCUGUGAAACUUGGGGGUCCCGUGGAAGCAACAUAGCUGACGCUCUUUGAUACUUUUCGUUUAAGACAAAGCGUGAAGAUCCUAAAGCUUGCACUAUCCUCCGCCGUAGUCCCUCUAAGGAUAUCCUUAACGAAAUCGAACGCAAUAUCCAAGUCGCAAUAGCAGUAGCGCGCAAGUGGUUGGAGCUAUCAUUGAGAUAA